AACCAGUAAUCCUGGGAUAUCGACUGUGACAGCUCUUGGUUUGUUGUUGUAGUCCUGGUCGUGCGGUGCUGGCACAUUACAAAUAUUUUGUAUUUUUGUGCCUUUCUAAACCACUCGGUAAUAUCCCAGGACUGGCUAAGUUGUUGUCAUUAGCUGCUUUUCCCGACUAACUUCAUAUUAACAGCCAACGGCCAGCUGACGGUAGACCGAGGUUGUUAGCCACUUUUCCAGUUGCCAAUCGAACUACCCUUUGUCUCUACACAAACAAGUCAGCUAGCAGGCGUUGUUUCUUCCCUGGUUUGGCUAACACCGGCGUCUGCAGUUUUUUUUUUUUUUUCGCCUGACAUAAGUGAAGCAAACCAAGAUAGGCGGCUUGGGAACCAAGAUGUCGAACCGAGUGGUGUGCAGAGAAGCAAGUCACGCCGGGAGCUGGUACUCUGCCUCGGGGUCCCAGCUUAACGCACAACUAGAAGGCUGGCUAUCCCAAGCACAGUCCACGAUCAGACCUGCUAGAGCCAUCAUUGCACCACAUGCUGGGUAUACCUACUGUGGUGCAUGUGCAGCACAUGCCUACAAACAGGUUGAUCCUUCUAUUACUCGUAGGGUGUUCAUCCUGGGACCUUCACACCAUGUGCCGCUCUCCCGCUGUGCCCUGUCACCUGCAGAAGUCUAUAGAACACCCCUCUAUGACCUGAGGAUCGACCAGAAGGUUUAUGCUGACCUCUGGAAAACUGGGUUGUUUGAGCGGAUGAGUCUGAAGGCAGAUGAAGAUGAGCACAGUAUUGAAAUGCACUUGCCUUACACUGCUAAAGCCAUGGAAAGCCACAAAGACGAGUUUAGCAUCGUCCCUGUGCUUGUUGGAGCCCUCAGUGAGUCUCGGGAACAGGAGUAUGGGAAGUUGCUUAGCAAGUACCUGGCAGACCCUUCCAACCUUUUCAUCAUCUCCUCUGACUUCUGCCAUUGGGGCCAGCGGUUCCGUUAUACAUACUACGAUGAAUCUCAAGGAGAGAUCUACAGGUCUAUUGAGCAUCUUGACAAAAUGGGGAUGGGCAUUAUAGAGCAGCUGGAUCCCAUCUCUUUCACCAACUACCUGAAGAAGUACCGUAACACCAUCUGUGGGCGUCACCCAAUUGGAGUGCUGCUAAAUGCUGUGGCUGAGCUGAGGAAGUCGGAUUUAGAAAUGAACUUCACUUUCUUGAACUACGCCCAGUCAAGUGAGUGCAGGAACUGGCAGGACAGCUCUGUGAGUUACGCUGCUGGAGCACUCACCGUCCAUUGAGGUCAACUUUCACAGGGGCUACUGCAGCACCGUCACCCCGCUCUUACUAUCUAUCGCCAUAACCUGACCCAGACACCCUCCCACUCACCCCACCCCAGUUACGCCUACUACUUGCAGGAAGGACCUAGACACUCAAAGCCAAUACAGUCUCCUUUCUCUGUUUCUCCCUCAGCUCUCUCGCCUUUCUGCACUCUCCUCUCAGUUUGAAGUGUGUCUCAGAGCUUUUGGUUGAAAUAUUUUGCUUGAAGUGCAGUUUUGAGAUUAUGUAGGAGAAAAUGAAUAGAGGAGAUAGGAAGAGUGCAAAUUUGUUUUGGCUUGGAGUAAGCAUGGGGAGAUGGAAAUUUCAUUUGGGUUUUUAGCAAGGACUGUAGUUGUCCUUUUAGCCCCUUUUUAUUUUUCUGGAAAAAAAAUGGAUUUUAGUCGCUACAAUGCAAUCUUUACAUCUGGGCUCAUGGCGAUCUGUGCUCAUGUAAUUUGCCUCAGUAAAGGACUGAAAAUUAAACUGCAGAAAUUAAUGGAAAUUAAUUCAAGAAUAUUGGUGCCAGAUGAAAUUGAGUGUUUUUAAUUACUGCUUCAAGCUACGUAUGACUUAAACUUUAGAACCAGUGUCAUAGGUAAAUCUUACCAUUGCUCAACAUACGUUUUAGUUGCUAACAAAGGGCUGCAACCAACAAAAUUCACUAACCCCCCUAUGGUAUGAAACCAAAAACAUUAUUACUCUCAUAUCCCUUUAUGAAAUAUUACCUAUUCUUACAUUAUUUCUUUUAUUUCUCCCUCUUUAAGUAGUUUUAUUAGAUGUGAUAGUAUUUACUCAAGUAGUUUGUGGAUUUGAGCAAAAACAGUGGUGUCAUUUAUGCUCUGAAGCCAGUGAUUAAUUUUCCCCAUAAAAGUAGUGUGUGCAACAUGCCUCCCAGAUCCUAAUUUUCUGUUUGUAGCAUUACAGAUAUGUUUUUGUAGGGCUGGACUGCCGUCGCAGGUGCUACAGAAAUGGAAUCAAAGCUGGAUAUUGUGUAAAUUUUUGUCUUAGUUUACACUGCCACUUUGAAUUUCUGUAGUUGUUAGACUGUCAGCAUAGGAGACUUGAGCAAUUUGACUUUUGUGCUAGAAAUGUCUUUUGUUACACAUUCAGUUGUGUAAGAGCAGCAAAGUUGUAGUGUUUUUGUUUUUUUCACGGUAACUACCUAUCAGUCGGAAAACCAAUUGGAUAUGGUUAAAUUGAGUUACAGGUGGUCUGCAAUUUAGAAAUAUAAAGAUGUAAUGCUUUGCUUUGAGGGUUAACAAUCUUCCCAGAUGUUUCUACUCUAUUUUACUGUAUCUGCAACACAACAUAAUAAAUAUUAGUAUUAUGAAAUGUUAAGAUGAAUAAUCCGUUAUCAGCAAAGAAAAGAGGUUUCAUUCUUUUUCAGAAUAAUUAGAUCUGCUGUUAGAAAUACUUCUUUGCUAGUCAUUUACAGUGGCAGAAUAGGAUUUCAUUAACAGUAUGAUAUAGGCAGCACAUAAUGUCAAUAUUCCUCUCCUAGAUAAUGCAGUCCUCCUAAUAUUGGUUGCUCUCACAGCCUACGCAGGAAAAAACUGGGGACAUAUAAAAUUGAACAUUUAGCUACAACAUGCCGUUAAGCCAAGUGGGCACAGAUUGAAAGAUGAAUCCCCCGCAUAACUUGACCUCUGAUGUUAAUUCCAAGGUAACUAGUAAAGCAUGACACACUGUGCUAUUGUGCCUUUUUAUCACUGUUACACAUAUACAUUUAAAGCAUAUUCUCACUUUUAGUCUUAUAUUAGAAUGUGUAUCCUCAGUUUUCCCUCUACAUGUAUCCUUCUUUUGCUUAGUUCCCAACAAUGCCACCCAGCACUCCAGGGGUGUGUGACCUGUCCCCUAACCCCCGAUACCUUAACCCCCCCGACUCCACCCUUCAUCUAUUGGUCUAAAAUGGCACCAACUGUUAUCUCCUUUAUCCAGCAGGGAGUGGUGUUCUGUUUUCUCCACCUCACCUCAUUCCUGUAGAGACAAAGGCUGAACCUCAACACUGUUCAUUUUCUGUUUUAUGGAACUUUGUUUGUCUUUUAGAAAUUGUUUUUUGUAUUAUUUUCUUCUUGCUUAGAGAAUGGGAAAUUACACGUCACAAACCUAAAAAAAAAAAGAAAAAAAAAGAAAAAAAAAUACUACUUAACUACUCCCUAAAUGGAGUUUUUUGAUCUCAGGUUCCACUGACAAAGCAUCCCAAAAGGCUCUUCAGAAAAGGCCGAGGAUUCAUGUUACAAAAAAAGUAAAAUGUACUGAAAAGCACGUCUGCUCUGGUGUCUUGUUCUUCUGCUAUUCAUAAAAUUAUUGACUUUCAUUAUUGAAAUUAAAUGCCUCUUAUUUUGUAUUCAGUCUUUAAUGAAUGUAUUUAAUUUCAACAAAAUCUCAACCACAGAAACAGAUGAAGUGUUAAAGUUAUUGUAAACUCUUAAACCCAGUUUACCACCCAUCAAACAUGAAUGGAAACAUAUAAUUCAGUGCUGCAUACUGCUCAGACUGGCAUUUUGGUAAAACAAAUCUGUACUAUGUUGAUCCUAAAUCCUGUAUCAGUUUGCAGUCGGGACAUUUAGGUAAAUGUCACCAGUGUCAUUGCAGGAACCUAGUAUUAUGAACCCAUUUUAAUCUCUUGUAAGAGUAAAGUGAGUUCAUUUCAAAGUUGUAUUAUAUAUUAUGUUUUGAAUGGAAUCCUGUUUUGCAGUACAUGGUUAAGAUAUCACUUUUUAAAUUAUCUCAUUUCCAAUUGAUUAUAUUCCUUCAUCAGUGAAAUACAUAGUGACUGCAGCUGACAAGCUCAACGAAAAUGUUGGUGAAAAUGUGUCAGUGAAUUCAUAAACUCCCCGUCUUUCAGAAUUCUGUGUAUGAUGAUGAUGAUCAGCUUCACCCUAAUGGGAGGUUUUACAUUUUUCCAGCUGGUACUGCCAAACUGAGGGUAAAGUACUAGUGACCUGUUUGAAAAAAUACUAGUAGUAAUUGGAUAAUACUUGAUUACAAUGUGCUUAAUGCAAAUCUUAUCUUUUGAAUCCAAAAGAGAAAUACUGGAGGCCAAAGCUGACUUUACAGCUGUAUUUAGUUGCUGCACAGGUUUUUGAGUCAUUAAGAGAGGAAAGCAAGCAGGUUAUCCUUAGUGAGUCUUUGUAGCUCAAAAAAUAAUUUAUUACCAACUAAAACUGUCCUGUUCUCCCUGUCCUAUUUAGACUGACAAAACUGAUUUGUGUAAUUAAUUCCACUAAUAUAUUCUUGUUGCACCCUAAAAAUACCCUGGAUUACAGACAAACCAAUGUAAAAUUAUUUCAGUGUGCUGUUUUUCCCAUAUCUGCAUUGCACAAACCACUUAUGGUAAUACUAGUCCACUUGUUUAGUCAACCAUUCCUUGUAUGUAUCUCUUUGGUAAUGUUUAUAAAAGAAAAAUCUAUUUUAAAGGAAUUAACAGAAGCCUCCAUUCGGCAAAAUGACACGAAGCAAUGAACAAGAGCAUAAUUUUACUGCAGAUGUGUGUCUGUAAACAAGAUGGACUGGUAUUUGGAGGCGAGGGACAUUGCUUUACUUCACACCUAUUAUGUUCCAAGUGUAAUUGUCUUCGCUCACUGUGUACCUGUGGGAAAUUAAGCAAUUUGUGCCUCACAUUCCAAGGUUUAAAGAAUAAUCAGCAUCUAUCAGUGUUUGAGCCUGUGCUGUUAAAUAUUUCAGCACGCUGUCACACCUCUCUCUUUGCUUUAAUGAUGAGUCAGAGGAGCUGUUUAUGUCCACUCAACUGUACAGGGAAGCUUUAGAAUACUUUAUAAAUGGAAGAGAUUAUUGACUGAUCCUGAGUGUCUGACCUGUGUGAUGCACUGCUGUGAGGAUUUGGUCAAGUAUCUCAGAUAUGGUUUAAUCCUGACAAGAUUGUGGCACUUUCUACAUCACAUUAAGGCCAGUAUUCCUGUGGUACUCUAUCCUCCCUGUCGGACAGUCCCAGCCAGAUUUGCCUGUUUCUUCCAAGAGAUGCCUUUAUUCUUCGUUUAACUCUUAAAAGCCCUCCAGCAUAGGGAGGUGCCUGCUCAUGGGACCUGUGGCAUGUGCUGCUUUAAAAGGGAAAAGCCGGAAUUUGGUUAUUUGAUGUGUUUUUGUGGGGAAAAUAUACUAGAGUGAUUAUCUUCGAGGUUAUUUACUGUUACAGAUUCAAUAUUAUUCGCAGGUCCUUGAGAAAGUCUGACAAAGUCUUCAUUUUUAAGAAAUAAAUAUUAGACCUUAAAAGUCUUAAAUUUGUGAGGUUUAAAUUUCCUCAUUUGAUUUAAUUUAAGUUAUUCAUCCUCAGUUUCUCAAGAUCUGUGAAAAUCCAACUUUCUGAUGUUGCCUUGUAACAACUGGAGAUAACUAGUCUUGUAUUUUAACUUGACAUACAAGUUGGCCUCUACAUAGGACAGCAUAAGUACCUAUCUAUUACCUACAGCAAGGAAAAGAUGACAUGGAUUGAAUUUGGUUAGAAUAAGUAAAAAAAAAAAAAAAAAAAUCUUCUAAACACAUUCAAGCUCACACAAA